CGCUCUCCGGAGCUGAAGUUAGACAGCAUUGCGGUAUCGCUAUUGGACGUGGAGGGUUUUAGCCACCCAAAUCUUUUCAAAUGGGCCCCGUUGCCUAGCGUUUUCCCCCUAAAAGCCUCCGACUAAGUUGCGCAGGGUGCUACGAAACAUCAGCACAUACAAGAAGGUUACCAUCUAAAGCACAGUUAACAAGUGUGAAGCAUGGCAGCUAUCCCAGCUAGUGGAUCUCUUGUAGCCACCCAUGACUAUUACCGAAGGCGACUUGGCUCUACAUCAAGUAGCAGCUCGUGUGGCAGUUCGGAGUACACUGGGGAGGUUAUUCCACAUCACCCAGGCCUGCCCAAGCAAGACUCUGGUCACUGGUGGUCCAGCUUCUUCUUCGGGAAGCAGCCGGGUAUGGGCUCCCUGGCUGAAGAGGCCCAGCAAACAUCAGGGCUGAGCGUGAACAACGGCCAGGUGAUGUGUGUUGCUCGGGAUCUGGUGAAGAGGCAGUUCAGCGAGAGUAGUGAUGCUGGGAAGUCGGAGGCAGGGACCCCUCAUUCCUAACCAACGCUAGGGGACGGGGAAUUGCCCCUUUUUAUUUUUUAUUUAAUAUUAUUUUACCCCUUUAUGUGUAGAAUAGUUUUUAAGGUUACUUCAUAACCAUUAGUUUGUGGAAUGAAGUGUUUUUGUACGUUUUUACACAUCUGUAACACUGUUUUUGUUACUACUUUUCACUGUCACUACGUUCACAAAAAAAAUUAAAUGUUAAACUACCCAAAA